AUGGGGGGAAGGCGAAGGAGGCGGGGCUGCACGGGCGUCUCUUGGGGCACAGGGGGUUUAGAAGCGGUGGUGUUCAGUCGCACCGGAGCGGCCGGGGGGGCAGCACCUCUGCGGGGCGUCCGGGCCUCCACCGGCCGGGCUGCCCGCCCGGUUCGUGCCUGCCUGCCGCGAAGGUACAAGGGUCCCUUGUUGGAGGAGGAAGCCCUGAACAAAGCAGCAGAAAAUGGAUUGUCUUCACCAGAAUUUUUUGAGCUUUGUGUUUGGUUAGGUUCCCAAAUAAAGUCACUUUGUAACAUGGAAGAAAGCAUCACUUCAACAGAUGGUGAUAAAGAUAUAGAGAGCUUCCAGCUUGAGAUUAGUGGCUUUCUGAGAGAAAUGGCUUGUCCUUAUUCAUCACUUGUAUCUGGAGACAUCAAGGACAGAUUAAGAGAGAAAGAAGAUUGUCUUAAACUCCUCUUAUUUCUAAGUACAGAACUUCAGGCUUUAAAGAUAUUGCACAGCAAGAAAAUUAAAGGCUCUCAUUUGGAAAAGCACAAUGAAAUUUAUCAGGAAGUGCAAGCUAUUUGCGAUGCACUGGGCCUGCCAAACUCCUCGUCUUCUGAUAUUCCUCCCUUGUUAACCAACGUGGAACAAAAGAUAAAGGACAUUCUCUCAAAAGUUCAAAAUAACCAUGUGGGGAAAUCACUGCUAACAAAACCUCUGAAUUCUGACCAAGUGGAAAGAUUGGAAAAAAUUCUUCGCAGUUAGUACGAAUGUCGCCGACGUAUGUUAAUGAAGAGGCUAGAUGUGACAGUACAGUCAUUUGGCUGGUCUGAUAGAGCAAAGGUAAAAACAGAUGACAUAGCACGAAUCUAUCAGCCCAAGCGCUAUGCGUUAUCUCCAAAGUCAACUAUUACACUAGCUCACCUUCUUGCUGCUCGAGAAGAUUUAUCGAAGAUCAUAAGAACAAGUAGUGGAUCAACACGGGAAAAUACAGUCUGUGCGAUCAACAAGGUUCUGAUGGGGAGAGUACCUGACCGUGGAGGCAGACCAACAGAGAUUGAACCACCUCCUCCCGAAAUGCCUCCUUGGCAAAAAAGACAAGAAGGUGGUGGAAGAGGUGGCUGGGGAGGUGGGGGUGGGGUAGGUUACGGUGGCAGGGGAGGAUAUGGGGAUCCAUAUGGUGGAAGAGGAGGGGGAGGAUACCGAAGAUACUGA